UAAACGUAUGACAAAUCACGUGGUCUGAAAUGUUUCGCUUCCUGCUUCCUCUUUCCAACCGGUUCUUUCAUAUUAUAAUAUUAUAGUGUAGCGUUUAUAUAUUGUAUAUAUUGAAUAAUCUCUGUUUAAUAUCUUAAUGUGUAUAUGCACAACUGUAAUUUGCACGCAUCUUGCAAACGCACAUGUAUUACUAAGGUACUAAGUUGUAUUGCAAUAGCUAGCUAUAUGAUUGUGAAUUGAUCAACUUGUUUGAUAUCUGAAGUAAUAUUGCAUAUGAGCAUAACGUGACACACAUUUUUAAUGCGAUCUUUUUACUUUUAAACAAUUAAUUAAUUGAAAUCAAAUACUGUUCGUCGUUAAUACAGCGGUAGAUAAUUAACAACACGUUUACGAUUAAGGUUACUUAGUAUUCUUCAUUUCGUUCAAAAACUUGAACUGUGGAGGUGCUGAUACUAAGAAGGAUGUCUGUGAUUGGACAGUUGACCUGGUCUGCUCUAGUCCUCCUAUUCGUCACUGAGUGGGGGCGAUGCCAAGGGCAGACUGGAAACUGUAAGCUGGUCAUUGACCAGGGGAAGGAAUCUGAGACUGAGAGAAAACUGCUGAGCAAACUGGAACCCCUGGCUUCUCUGAGUUUCUCCGCUGACACUCAGGAUGACGACAGCUUCAAGUAUUAUUUCUCAGUGUGUGGGAACGUGGCCAAUACCAGCAACGCAGGGCUGGUGCAAAUCAACAAGUCCGGCAUCAAAACCAUCAUUGGACGAUACACAGAGACCCAGAUCUUUGGGGGAAGUGACUGGGUGAUUCUGGUUUAUAAAAACGGUUCCAAAUAUGACAACCACUGCAACAACGAGACCAGGAAGUCAAUGGUGAUGAUAUCCUGCAACAGAAACACUAUUGGGGGUGGUUUUGCUGUGAUAGAUGAGGAGCGCACCAAGCCCACAGACUGCUUCUACCUGUUUGAGUUGGACUCUAGCACUGUCUGCCCCGUGAUCACCAGCAAGCUGAAUGCCGGCUCCAUCCUGCUUAUCGUGUUUUUCUCGUGUCUGACUCUGUACAUUGUGGGCGGGUUCCUUUAUCAGCGAUUGGUCAUAGGAGCGAAGGGGAUGGAGCAGUUCCCCAACUAUUCCUUCUGGCAAGACCUGGGAAACCUGACAGCUGACGGCUGUGACUUCAUCUGUCGAUCAAGAGCACGCAACGCCUCUCCCACUUACAGGGGCGUGCCUUCGGAACCCCUGGGAGGGGAGGAGACUGAGGAGAGAGAUGACCACCUGCUACCCAUGUGAUCUGUGACAUCACAACUACUUAGCACUGCCUGUCUGUCUAUCUGUCUGUAACUGGAGUGAAGACCAGAAUAUAAAGGGGUGCUUGCCAAGGUUUUAAAAUCUAAUUUCAUACCUCCUAUUAAUAACACCAGCAAUAUUAUUACCUGGUCCUAUUGUCGUGAAUCUGUCAGAAACAUAAAAUAAUUCAAAUACUACAGAUAAACUGCUGCAUCCUGGCGGCUGUAGGUCACACGGUCUGAUUGCUGCUAGACGGCUGGAGUGAGUUUGACCUACAGCACAUGAGGAAGUGAUUAUCAUCUAUAGUGUUGUCACUUAGAUGUCUGUAUAUUUCAAAAGUAUAAAGUACAAAAUCAAAUGAUCUUCAACAGAAGGAGGACUUAUUAUUGCUAGUGCUAAUAAGAGGAAAGCGAACAGAUUUGUAAACCUUGGUUAGCGCGCCAGUGUCAGCACACUAGGAUUAACAGUGAAAUAGUGAAGGGGUGUACAGCCACAGAUUGGUAUGUUAGAUUAGUUUACUGGACUGUAAUUUCUGGGCUUUUGGUAGUGAAACUUCUCCAUGUAAGGGCUGUUUGGAGAUGCGUGUGGUAGAAAACUGUUUGUCCGAUUGUGAUGAAACCUGCUAAGAACCUUCGUUAGCACAAGUUAUUGAGUCUAUCAAUAACUGAGGGUGUAUGGCGUCUGUCUGUCUGUAUGUCCCAUUUAAAUUUUGACAUGUAUCUAGACAACGGCUUGUCCACUUGUGAUUGGACUUGCACAAGUUGAUAUUGUCAGAAUGUGGGGGGAAGUAGUCUGUCUGCAUGUUGCACUUAGAUUUUGAUAUAGAUCUAGGAGCCACUUCUCCAAUUGUGAUGAAACUUGGUGAAGACAUUUUUUAGCACAAGCUUUGAGGGUAUCAGAAUGGCGGGGUGUUUGGGGGCUGUUUGUAUCUGUCCGUCUGUGUAGCACACUUACAUUUUGAUGUAUGUCCAGAGAGGCACAUUCAGUUGGGAUGAGACUUGGUAUGGACAUACUUUAGCAUGAGUUAUUGAAUGUAUCUUAAUAUUGGGGUGCAUGAAGGCUGUCUGUCUGUCUGUAUAUCGGACUUUGCCCCCAUGUGCAUACAGUGUAUCUUCUUUUUCAUGAUUCUGGUACAGCAGCACUGAUUUUGUCCUGCUUCACAACUUUGUAUCUGAAUCACUGUUCUGCAUUGCUCCUUCUAAGUCUGCUCUCCCUGCUUACAGUGUGCAGGAGAUGGGCAAGUUCUAGACUAACUGUCCCUUUCCCAUUUGUAAAUCUGCACAGAGAUGAUUCGAGAAGGAAGAGAGGACUAGGCUGAUCCCAGGACUCAAUAGACAUGACCUGUGAGGACAGAUUGAAAGAUUCUCUUCAGCCUAGAAAAAAAGAAGGGAAAGAGGGCACUUGAUUGAAGUGUAUAAAAUCCUCCAUUGAAUACAGUUAACCUAAGUUGCUACAUUAGCACAGAGAGCAGAAGGAGAGGGCAGAGUAAGUUAGUAGUGUUGUAAAUCGAACCCUGACGUUGACAUCGAUUAUCGUGCAAAUUCUAACGAUUAUUGAUCAUUAUCGAGUUAAAAAAAUAAAAAAUAAAAAAAUAACUUCACUCACAGUACCAGUUUAAAGGAACAAUAUGUCACUUUUUAUAGAGCAUGGUAUAAAAAAACAAAAAAAUCCAAUGUUUUAAGACACUUUUGAUAAAUACAUUGGUAUUUAAAUAUAGCACUCUCCAAUUUUCAUAUUCCUGCCAUCGCUAGCCUUUGCCUUGUUUUGUGUAAUGGUAAAUUAAGAAAAGAAAAAAAAAAUCAACUGUAUUUUGUGUACUUUUACCCUGCGCUUAAAUUCAACUCAGUUACAAGUAUCCUAGGAGAUUUCAACUGAUAUUGUUAAACGAGUGAAUAUUUUGCGAGUGUCCAAAAUGAAUUAAAAAAAAUCUACAAUAAUUACUGCAGCAGAUCGUGUACAAUAAUUUUGCAUUCUACUGGUGGCAAACUAUUUUGUACAACCUGCAGGUUUCAUAGGAUCAUAUACGUCGAGCUACAAUCCAGCGGCAUUUAGACUCAGACAGCAAUCAAAAACGAGAUUUUGGUUGCGGAUAGUGCAUUGCUUCAAAAUGAAAGGGUAAAAAAAAAAAAUUAAAAAAAAACUUUCUGAAACAGCGGCUCGUGACAAUGUAGUAAUGUUAAAUAUUAUUAGUUUCAAUCAAGACAGACGGCUACAGUUGGGACUGAUUUAAAACAAAAUAAUAUGUAUAAAAUACAUUAACAAAGCAGGUUACUCUUGAUCUCUGCAUCACCAUCCUGUAUUUGUUCACAGUCGCAUAUUCAGUAACUUUUAGAAGCAAUAACACAGAUUAUGUUCUGACAGUAAGUUAAUAUAUACAAGACACGUUAUUAAUUUAAUGGAAUAUUCGAUUUCAUUAAAAUAUUAUCGAUUUGUUAUCAUGGGGUCCCAAUUGAUAAAUAAUUUGAUUAUUAUCGUUAUCGUUACAAGCCUAUAGGAAUAGAUGGCAGGAAGCAUUUCUACACAGAGUUAUAAAUGCAAGGAUCGAAAAUAUGCGGAACAUUAAAAAACAAUUAGAUUCGGUCCUAUUAAAUUAGAUCCACUAAUGGUGUGCAAUGAAGGCGUGAGCCUUGAUGGGCCAAACAGCCUCCUCUCUUUCCCAAAUCUUUCUUCUGGUCAUAUUUUUGACUUCAUUGUAACUGAUUUUCUGAGGUUCUGGAAACUGCUUUUGUUUCGUCUCAGUCCAGCCCAGUGCUUUGUCACGACCCUGUAAACCCACACAGCUGCAUAAAGUGUUGAACCUGUCUUCACAGACAGUCAGUCAUUGUUGCAGAAACAUACUUUUUAGCGGAAAAUGAAGUUCAAAUAUCCCACCCAACAUGGGUGGUUGAAUACUUUUUUGAGUUCUGAUACAAUUCAAAUAAUUGACUAGACCUGCUUUGUCAAUGGUUUUCCCCUUUAAAACGUUUCUUUUUCCCCUUAAAGGGAUAUCGUCUUCAUUUUCCAGAUAUUUCAUUCUUACCUGUUCUCUGUCAUUACUGUAUGCGACUUACUAAAUAACUGCUUCUGAAAAGACAUGUCAAAGCUAAUUAGCUGAAGUUAGAUAAGGACAAAUAUUAGUGUUGCACAGGUCUUUCCUGUGGGUUUCAGUGCACUGUGCAACAGUGAUUUGCUUCCCCACUCCUCUUCAGCCUUGAGUCUUUAAGAAGCGAUAGUUGGUACGCCAAAUAAUGGAGCACAAACAACAUUACAGAAUGAUACUGAACACAACAGGAUAUUAGAAAGGAAAUAAAUCUUUAGGAAAAUGUGCCCUUUAAAUUACUCUUUAGUCCGUCAUAUUGUAAGAUAUUUUUUUUUCUGAUUUUUGAUUUGCUGUUGCAAAGAAAAUUCUUUAAAUGCAAACCUUGCUCGAAUUAUUGUAUGUUUUUCGUUGCAAUGCUUUACUUGUAUUAAUAUUAUUAUGAAACACUGAACCUACUUUGAUUGAGGGCUGGUUAUAGGAAGGGUUUGGUUUGCAGGUGCUUGCUUUUAAUUUUUUUAUUGUAUUGCGUGUAGGGCUGUAAGGGUUUAAACGGUAAACGUGGAUUAAAAAGAUUUUCAUUUAAAAUGUUUAUUAUACUCUUAAACACAAUUUAACAGUAAAAUAUAUUAUCAAAUUAUUUUUGCAUAUUUUCCGCAAAGAUAUGUUUCCCUUUCUAUGGUUUUCCCCUUUAAGGAAACCUGACCUGUUCUUCCACAUGAUCACUCUAAAUACGUCUUGCAUUAAUUAAGGAUAGACCAGCUUCCUGCAUUGUUGUGUAUCUCUAUGGAAUCCGUGUUAACAAGAGCACGGACGGAAUUACGGAAUCAAAAGAAUAUUAACGCGGAAUUAAGUGCUGUACGAAAAAAUGCAUUUGGCAGUAGAGCAUUAAGCUUGAGAUUUACAUAUUGAAGGGAAAAUCUGAAACUAAUGGUCAGUACAGACAGUGGCAUAACUUUGGUUUCAAAAGUGGGGGAAUGGGUGGCGGGAGGAGAGUUUCUGUAGCUGGGUUAUAAAUGAGGCAUAAAAGACAUUUCUGAGUCAUCAUAAACUCCUAGGUCUUUUUCAUAGAUUCCUUCUUCAAUUUCAGUAUCUCCCAUGAGAUAUUUAUAAUGCACAUUUUUAUUGCCUGCGUGCAAUACUUUACACUUUUCUCUAUUAAAUUUCAUUUGCCAUGUGUCUGCCCAGUUCUGAAUGCUGUCUAGAUCAUUUUGAAUGACCUUUGCUGCUGCAACAGUGUUUGCCAUUCCUCCUAUUUUUGUGUCGUCUGCAAAUUUAACGAGUUUGCUUACUAUACCAGAAUCUAAAUCAUUAAUGUAGAUUAGGAAUAGCAGAGGACCUAAUAUUGAUCCCUGUGGUACACCACUGGUUACCUCGCUCCAUUCUGAGGUUACUCCUCUAAUCAGUACUUUCUGUUUUCACCAUGUUAACCACUCCCUAAUCAAUGUGCAUGCAUUUCCUUGAAUCCCUUGAGAAUUAAUCUUGUAUGCGUGACUUUGUCUCAAGCUUUCUGGAAAUCUAAAUAAACCAUGUCGUAUGCUUUGCAAUUAUCCAUUUUCAAUGUUGCAUCCUCAAAAAAGUCAAGUAGGUUAGACACGAUGUCCCUUUCCUAAAACCAUGCUGACUGCCUCCCAGGAUAUUGUUACCAUAUAGGUAAUUUUCCAUUUUAGAUCUUAUUAUAGUUUCCAUAAGUUUACAUAAAAUAGAAGUCAGGCUUAUUGGUCUGUAGUUUCCUGGUUCGGUUUUGUCUCCUUUUUUGUGGAUCGGUAUUACAUUUGCAAUUUUCCAGUCUGUCGGUACAACCCGUGUCAAGAGACUGUUGCAUGAUCUUGGUUAGCGGUUUGUAAAUAACUUCUUUCAUUUCUUUGAGUAGUAUUGGGAGGAUCUCAUCUGGCCCAGAGGAUUUGUUUAUUUUAAGAGCUCCUAGUCCCUUUAACACUUCUGCCUCUGUUAUGCUAAAGUUAUUUAAAAUUGGAUAGGAACAGGUCGACAUGUAGGGCAUGUUGUCCGUGUCCUCCUUUGUAAAAACCUGUGGAAAGUAAUCAUUUAAUAUAUUUGCUAUUUUUUUUUUCUUCAUCUAUGAUUUUGCCAUUUGUGUCUCUUAGAUAUUUAACCUCCUUUGUAACACAUUGGAAAAUAAACAUGUAGCUACUAUUUAUUUAUGUAUUUAUUUAUUUAUAAAAAGAAUGGCGAAUAAGAUGUCUGUUACAAAGUGCUUACACCUUUUUAAUUGUCCAUAUUUUAUUGUGUGUGUUCAAUAGGACAUCUGCAAUUACAGAACAGCUUUUAAUUAUUCAAGCGAGCUGAACUGAGAAGCCAGGAAAAAGGAACGCUGGGAAAUGAAGUCUUUAUUUUUUGAAUGUGCAAGCGCCGUUGUGAAGGGGAGGGACGCUGGGAACUAGAAUUGUAUCAGACAACGGCUUUUUAAUGAAAACAAAAUAAAGGUUUUUGGUUCUGGACAUGUUUUGUUUCCUGCCAACAAUAUACAAGUGAAUGAAAUUAAAAAUGUAGUCUUGUCACUGUGUUUUAAGUUUAAUAUUAAAUAGAGUUGUUUUCUAAUGUUUUUUCGAUGUUGGAUACACACACUUUUUAUGGAGCUUCUGGAGAAAUGGUACGUUGUAAAAUCAACAAUGAAUGUUUUUUUAUGCUAUUAAAAUAGAUUACAUUUUAGUGUUAAUUUACAGUCCUCCUUUAUGCUUUUAUGUUUACUAUUGUUUGUCUUUAAGUGGAUCUAUAUGGUACGGUUUACUGCCAAUAUUUUAAGUCAUAUUUUAACCUUGGUUUGUUAUUCAACAAACCAAGGUUAAAAUAUGACUUAAAAUAUUGGAAGUAAAAUAUAAAAAUAUGAAAUGAGUGAAACAUUAAAUAUAUGGCUGUUUAAACGGUUAAACGACCGGAUUAACAAUGGGUUUAAACGUGUAGUCAAUUAAACGUAGAUUUACAGCCCUAAUUACGUGACAGAUUUAUGAUUUUUUAUUUUCAUUUUUUCUUGUGAUUUUGAUUUGCUGUCACAGUCAAUUAAUCAAAAUGUGAGCAUUGAUCUAAUUUGUGAAAACUUUGCUUUAAAUGCAAAACUUGUGAUGCUGUUUAUUAUGUAAAAAAAAAAAAAAGUGUAUUUAAAAUAACUUUUAUAUUAUUUAUUACCAUAAAACUGAGUUCUAAUUUAGUUGCCGACACCAUUUUGAUUUCCAGAUUUCUUUGUUUUCAAUUUGGGUGAAGACAAUUUAACCAUGUCAGUCUUGAAUUGUUAAUUAAAAAUGUACAGUGCAUUUGAGAA